UCCUGUGCACCUGCCUCGAAAUUGCUUCCACUUAAGGGAAUAAACUAGUCAUUGGGUGUGCCACAAAAGGAGCCCUCACCGUCGAGGAACACGCAAUUGACUCCCCGCAGCCAGGUACACAAGCUGGCUUCUUUAAUCUUGUUGACCUUGGCAGAGGCAGGCCAAGUUUGGUUGAUCUGGAACUCGCUAUGUAGACCGGGGUGACCUCACACUCACAGAGGACCAUCCGCCUCCGCCUCCAGAAGCUGGACUCAGAGGAUGCCCCUUCGUGCUGCCGUUUGGGCCUGGGGGAAACCCUUCCUUAUGGUGCUGCCCCUAUUGGCAUUCCCCGACCGCCGCCCCCUCGGCCAGGCAUGCACUCGCCACCGCCCCGUCCUGCCCCUUCCCCUGGCACCUGGGAGAGCCAGCCGGCUCGGUCGGUGAGGCUGGGGGGUCCAGGAGGGAGCGCGGGAGGUGCCGGGGGCGGCCGUGUCCUCGAGUGUCCCAGCAUCCGGAUCACCUCCAUCUCGCCCACGCCUGACCCACCGACCUCGCUGGAGGACGCCCCUGAACCCUGGGGGGACGGCUCUCCCAGAGAGUACCCCCCGCCGGAGGGCUUUGGGGGCUACCGAGAGGCGGGCGGCCAGGGCGGAGGCGCCUUCUUCAGCCCGAGCCCUGGAAGCAGCAGCCUGUCCUCGUGGAGCUUCUUCUCGGACGCCUCGGACGAGGCGGCGCUGUACGCGGCCUGCGACGAGGUGGAGUCCGAGCUUAACGAGGCGGCCUCGCGCUUCGGCUUGAGCUCUCCGCUGCCCUCGCCCAGGGCGUCUCCCAGGCCGUGGACCCCGGACGACCCGUGGAGCCUCUACGGCCCGAGCGCCGGGGGCCGAGCGCCGGAGGACGGCUGGCUGCUCCUCAGCGCCCCGGGGCCCGUCCCCGCCUCCCCUCGGCCUGCUUCUCCCUGCGGCAAGCGGCGCUAUUCCAGUUCUGGAACCCCGUCUUCGGCCUCCCCGGCUUUGUCCCGUCGGGGCAGCCUUGGGGAAGACGGGCCAGAGCCGCCUCCACCGCCCCCAUUGCCUCUGGUCCGGGACCCCAGCUCCCCGGGCCCCUUUGACUAUGGGGGUGCGCCGCCGACCGAGAGCGUCCCUCAGAAAACCCGGAGGACUUCCAGCGAGCAGGCGGCGGCCCUGCCGCGGCCGGAGGAGCCUGCCUCGUGCAACGGGAAGCCGCCCUCCGCCGCGGAGGAGGCCGUGGCCGCUCCAGGAGCUCCAGGCGCUCUGCGGAAAGAGGCGGCUGGCAUGGACUACCUGGCAGUGCCUUCUCCCCUUGCUUGGUCCAAGGCCCGGAUUGGGGGGCACAGCCCCAUCUUCAGGACCUCUGCCCUACCUCCGCUGGACUGGCCUCUGCCUAGCCAGUAUGAGCAGCUGGAGCUGAGGAUUGAGGUACAGCCCAGAGCUCACCACCGGGCCCACUACGAGACUGAGGGCAGCCGAGGAGCUGUCAAGGCUGCUCCGGGAGGCCACCCUGUGGUCAAGCUUCUAGGCUACAGUGAGAAGCCGCUGACCCUCCAGAUGUUCAUUGGCACUGCAGAUGAAAGGAGCCUGCGGCCGCACGCCUUCUACCAGGUGCACCGCAUCACCGGCAAGAUGGUGGCUACGGCUAGCUACGAAGCUGUAGUCAGCGGGACCAAAGUGCUGGAGAUGACCUUGCUCCCAGAGAACAACAUGGCUGCCAACAUUGACUGCGCUGGAAUCCUGAAGCUUCGGAACUCAGACAUUGAGCUACGGAAGGGUGAGACAGACAUCGGGCGCAAGAACACGCGUGUGCGGCUGGUGUUCCGUGUUCACGUGCCUCAGGGCGGCGGGAAGGUCGUCUCUGUGCAGGCGGCGUCAGUGCCCAUCGAGUGCUCCCAGCGCUCAGCCCAGGAGCUGCCCCAGGUGGAGGCCUACAGCCCCAGUGCCUGCUCUGUGAGGGGAGGGGAGGAGCUCGUGUUGACUGGUUCCAACUUCCUGCCAGACUCCAAGGUGGUGUUCAUUGAGAGGGGCCCUGAUGGAAAGCUGCAGUGGGAGGAGGAGGCUGCCGUGAACAGGCUGCAGAGCAGUGAGGUGACACUGACUCUGACCAUCCCUGAGUACAGCAACAAGCGGGUGUCUCGGCCCGUCCAGGUCUACUUCUACGUCUCCAAUGGGCGGAGGAAACGCAGUCCUACCCAAAGCUUCAAGUUUCUGCCUGUGAUCUUCAAGGAGGAGCCCCUACCAGACUCCUCUCUCCGGGCCUUCCCUUCAGCGUCGGGCCCCCCCUUUGGCACUGACAUGGACUUCUCACCUCCCAGACCCCCUUGCCCCUCCUAUCCCCAUGAAGACCCUGCUUAUGGGACUCCUUACCUGUCAGAAAGCUUUGGUUAUAGCACACCCACUCUGUACCCCCAGACAGGGCCCCCACCAUCCUAUAGAUCAGGCCUGCGGAUGUUCCCCGAGGCCGGGGGUAGCACAGGUGUGCGCCCACCAUCUAUCUCCUUCCUUCCCCGCCCCUUUUCUGGUGACCCGUAUGGAGGACAGGGCUCCUCUUUUGCCCUGGGGCUUCCCUUCUCCCCUCCGGCCCCCUUUAGGCCUCCACUCCCUUCCUCCCCACCACUUGAAGAGUCCUUCCAUCCCCAGAGUGCUAUCCAACCCCUACCUGCUGAGGGCUACGAUGAGGUGGGGCCAGGCUAUCCCCUUGGGGAGGGGGCUUCGGAGCAGGAGAAAUCCAGGGGUGGCUACAGCAGCGGCUUCAGAGACAAUGUACCUGUCCAGGGUGUCACCCUGGAGGAAGUGAGUGAGAUCAUUGGCCGAGACCUGAGUGGCUUCCCUGCUCGUCCUGGUGAAGAGCCUCCUGCCUGAGCCACGUGGAGUGGCUCCAGAAGCCCUGCCUCCUUGCCCCCUUAACAGGGGUGCUGGCUCCAGAAGCUUGGAGCCAGCUUCUAUCUUCCAGUCUCCCCUCCCUCUCCCAGCUAAGGUGUGCCCCUCCCACUGCCCCCUUCCCGGGCCUGGUGCUGCCUUGAAAGGGAGUGAAGUGCAGAGGAUAGAGGAUGAGGGUGGAGGCGGAGGCUGGAUGCCAGAACUGACUGGGAUGAAGAUGAUGUCCCGGCUGUGCAGGCCGUGAUGCUGGACAGGUUGAUGGGUAAUAAAUGGCUCGCUGACCAGUG